AUGGCGUCACUAAUACCGUUCAUCUCGGAGAUUCUCCCCAUGAUCAUGCCCGCCUCCACCCACGUUACAGCAGCCAAGGAUCUCCAGCCGACCCAUCCAACUGUCGAGGGGCCUGUGAUAAGGCGGGCUGCGGUCAUCGACCGCUGCGACAAGAUGUGUGCUUCUGUUCUCACAACCCGACCCCAGUCUAGCACGCCCGUCCGCCACAACAGCGAACAGGAUGCCAUCAUAUAUGCUGUCUCCGGUACCGGCCUCCUGCUUGUGAAUGACAGCUUUGAAGAGGAACUACGACGUCACCCUCUGUCUGCCGGGGACUUUGCUUUCGUCCCGGCCUGGACAGAGCACCAGAUCCGGAACGAGACAGACACCGACCUGGUCAUGGUGGUGAUACAGAGUGGUUCGCGCCCCGUCGGCGCCAUCUUGACGGAUUGGGGAGGUGAUGAAGUGGCUGCGGACAUAUCCAGCGACUAA